ACCACCACCCAGCCGCCGUUCCGUUCCGCCCAUACCUUACCCCUCCCCACCACCCGCGCCUGCGUCGCCGCCGGCGCCGUCGCCGUCGCCCGUCCCUCCUCGUCGGGGCGUCGCCGUCUCCGCCCCGCUCGUCCACAGCGUCUUGUCCAGCCACCGAGUCUUGAGGUCCCGCCGGCCGGCAGCCACCAUGUGCGGCAUCCUCGCCGUCCUCGGUGUCGGCGACGUCUCCCUCGCCAAGCGCUCGCGCAUCGUGGAGCUCUCCCGCCGAUUACGGCACAGAGGCCCUGAUUGGAGUGGUAUACACAGCUUUGAGGAUUGCUAUCUUGCACAGCAGCGGUUGGCUAUUGUUGAUCCCACAUCUGGAGACCAGCCAUUGUACAACGAGGACAAAACAGUUGUUGUGACGGUCAGUAUCUGGAGUGAGAAUGACACUUUUUCAUCGACAUCAUCUAGUGGACAAAGAGUGUUGUUGACAGUGUGAAGGGAAGAAGAAGAUAAAAACAGGCUUCCAUGCAUGUGGGGUCCAGUGUGUCUGGGGGAUUAAAAUGAUAUAAAGAAUUAAUUCUAAAAGGUACUUCCUCUGUCCUAAAUUAUAAUUUGAGACGGAGGUAGUACAUUUUUUAAA